AUGGGAGGUAGGAAGAAGAAGUUCAUCGACAAGAAGAACUCUGCCACUUUCCAACUCAUCGCUCGCGACUCCACCGAUCCUUCUUUCUCCCAAUCCGAUCGCGUCUUCGUCCGUGUCGACAACAACCCCGUUUCCUUCCCUGUCGCUGAAGAUUCCGGUUUCGACGACAACUACGAUGACUACAACGGUGGAGUUAGCGGUGACCCUUUGCCCGAGGACGUCAAAAAGGAGAUUUUGGAACUAGGAUUUCCGGAUGAUGGCUAUAACUACUUGAGUCACUUGAGGGAAAUCAAGAACACUGGCGCUGGUGCUGCUUUCUUUCACAAUCCCAAGUUCAAGCUUCAGCACCUCCCUCGUGAUGUUAAGGCAUAUGAUGCUUCGAGAUUGCAAAUUUCUGAGGUCCAUGGAGAGCCUGAGGAGAAUUCUUUGUACACUGUUGCAUCCAAGACUACCAGCGUAAGGGUGCAGAAAGCGGUUGAUCCUGAAGUGGCUGCAUUGCUUGAUGACAGCGAUGUGUCAAGGUUGGGAUCUGAUGUUGAGGAUUUAGAAGAAGACUUUGUUGUUCAGGCAAAUCUUCUUGAAGAUGAUGAAGAUGAAGAGAAGAAUAAAAAAUGUAAUGAAACUAGUUUUUCUGAGGAAUCUCUGAUAAAUAGAAACCCAAACAUUGCACAAGUACUGCAAGUUUCUACCCAUUCCAGAGAUACAGAUGAUUGUGGACCUCUUCAUGGGGCAACAGAUGGUGUACCAGGUGCGGACUGUGUUGGUGAGAACCCAAGAGCUCGUCGAUUGCUGGAUGAGCAAUUUGAUUUGCUGGAACGCCAAGAAUAUGGAACUGAUGAUGAUGACGAAGAUGAUGGUGAUUAUUAUAAAAAUUAUCAAGCUGAGGAAGAUGAGUCCCUUGCAGAGAAGCUCAAACUCUCUCUUAACAACCAUGCAAUGGAUGAUCUAGAACUUGAUGAUGACAAGUAUAAGGUUCCUGCAGAUUUAUUGAAGAAUAAAGCGGCCCCACAUGAGGAACAAGAUGAUACUGCUGCUGAUGUGAUUCGUCGUUGCAAGGAAUAUGCUGAGGGCUAUGAAGUUGAAGAUGAUAACAAGGAUGUUGUACUUGUACAAGAAAGUAGUGAUGAAUCAGAAGUGUGGGAUUGUGAGACAAUUGUUUCGACAUACUCAAAUUUAGAUAAUCACCCAGGAAAGAUUGAAGCGCCCGGAGUGUCUAGGAAAAAGAAAUUGGCUCAAACUGUGUCUGCAGCCUUGAGUUCCUCUAAUCAAAUAAUAUCCCUUAGAGGAAAAGAGAAACUCCCUGUAGACUUCUUACCUGGUGGUAGGAAAGCUUCCACUGAAAAGGUUAAAGGCCAGAGCAUUCCAAAAGCUGAACAGCACAAGAGAAAACAACAUGGCCUCGAGACAAAGGGGGAGAAGAAGGAACGGAAGGCUGCUGUGAAGGAGGAACGACGGGAGGCACGCCGCACUAAAAAAGAAACAAAAGAGCUUUAUAAAUUUGAAGCACAUCGGGCACAGAGAGCCGCUGCAGUGUCUGGUCCUUCUUCCAUUCAUCUUCUCCUGAAUCCUCUGCAUAUCAUGAUUUCACAUAUGCUAUUUUUUGGUAAGUUAACAAUAACAAGUACUGGCAUGUCACUCGUGCAUGUGUCUGCUGUUCCGCCCGUGUGA